AUGGGAAUAUCGAUCUUCAACCGCCAUGUCGACAAUGAGACUUUCAUCCCUGUUGAUAGCCAAACCAAUGCUGAAGUGCCCGUCUUAGUGAUUGGGGGAGGACCGAGUGGCCUGCUGCAAGCCUACCUCUUAUCACAACUGGGGGUAAAAACUCUGGUCAUUGAGCGUUACCCAGAGAGGCUUGGAGCACCCAAGGCGCAUGCUUUGUCGCCUAGAUCACUCGAGAUAUGCCGCCAAUUUGGUCUCGAUAUGGAUCAUAUCCGGAGUCUGGGCACGCAGAGAGAUGAUGCAUACUGGGUCAACUUUCUCACGACGCUGUCAGGUCAGGUCCUGGGACAGCUUCCAUACGAGCGCAUGGACGUGGGGGUUCUCGACUUUACACCAGAGAUGAUCCACAACAUCCCCCAACCAAGCUUCGAACAGUACCUUUCUGAGGAACUCUCAAACAAGGAUAAUGUCGAUAUCCGGAAAGGCGUAUCGUUUGUAUCCUUGGAGGAGAACAAAGACUCAAUUACAACCGUGGUUGAGGAACGUGCAACUGGUCAGCUGUACAAGGUCAGAUCCAAGUACGUGAUAGCCUGCGAUGGAGCAAAAAGCAAGGUACGCGAGUUUAUGGGUAUUGAGAGCGAUGGCGAGGAUUCAUAUGAGACUAUGAUGACUAUUCAUUUCAGUGCCAAUCUCCGGGAGGUGGUAGGUGAUCGUGUAGGCAUGCUUCACUGGCUCUUCGACCCUAUGGCAUCCGGCUUCAUCAUUGCGUAUGAUCUCUCCGGAAACGCCGUCCUCAUCUCCAACUUCGAUUCUGACAAGUAUCCUGUCGAGUCAUGGAGUGAGGAUCUUUGUCGCCAGGUGCUUAAGGGAGCAAUCGGCAAAGAUGUCUCGCCCACGGUUCUGAGUUACCGCCCUUGGAUCCUCAGCAGAAAAGUAGCAAAGUCAUACCGACAAGGGAACGUGUUCCUCGCAGGUGAUGCUGCCCAUUCGUUUCCACCGACAGGCGGCCUUGGACUCAACUCGGGCCUUGCGGAUGUCCAUAAUCUUGCUUUCAAGAUUGCCCACGUCCACCAUGGGGCUGCUGCAACUGCCGUGCUCGAUUCGUAUGGCGAUGAGCGCAGACACGUUGCCGAAGUCAACUCACGGCAGAGUGUCAAAAAUGGACAAACAAUCUUUGGCCUGCUCAAAGCCUUGGGAACGGCAGGCAUAUCCGAUAUCAACGAAGCUCGACAAAAUCUGCUCAAAGCUAUCAACGAUCCGGCGAAGAUGAAAGAGGUGGAGGUCGGGGUAGAAGAGCAGAGAGAGCAUUUCGAUAACCUCAACCUACACAUCGGCUAUGUCUAUGGCGAUACAGAGAUCCCUGCUCAUGCGUCGCACUUCACACCCAGCUUCCGUCCAGGCGCGAGGCUGCCACACGCCUGGUUACGAGGCUCACUACCAGCAACUGUGCCACAGCUGAAGCCAGUCAGUCUCACAUAUGUGAAAGAGCUCACCAAAGAUCAGCUCAAAGCGAGACAAUAUAGCACACUGGAUCUUUGUGCUCCUGAUGCAUGGACGGUCUUGUUGCCAGCAAAGGACAGUCCAUUGGACGCAGCCAUUUCCUCUAUCGCCGCCGACAACAGCAGCAUUAAGUUCAACGCUCUCAAAUUUGGCAAGGACUUUGAUGUAGUGACGGGAAAUACAGAUCUGGAUUGGCGGGUCCAGUCUGGUUUGUCUGAAGGACGUGCUCUGUUGAUCCGUCCAGAUCAGCACAUCUUUGGGUCCUUUGGCACAGAAAGCGAGGCCAAGGAAGUCAGUCAGAAUGUUGCAAAGUUUUUGGGUCUGCAAUGA